CCAGCCUGAACGGAGAAGGAGAGGGGUAGGGACGCGUGGAAUGGUUAGGAGAGUUCUGCGGGAUAUGGUGUGCCAUUGAGCCUGACAGUACACGGGCCCGGGAGGAGCGGAGCGAGUGAGCGAAGCGUUAAUGGGACAAGGAGGCCGGCGCUCCGGAGUAGGAGCGGUGCUGAACUCGCAUUAUGCAGCGCUGGGUAAACAGCUGAACGAACACCGAGAACGUCGGAGACUGACCGGCCAAGCCGUCUUACCGCCCGUGGGGGCGAGUCCCUGAGGAUCUGCCGAGGAUUGCGGCGCCUGGCACUGCUUGGGAUUGGAUUUCUGUUUGCCUUGAAGGCAAGCUGAGACUACGCUGCGCCCAUGCGGGCUCUGGCUGUGUGCUUCGCCCUGGCGGGGUGGCUGCUGAUUAGUGGCAGCGCCGCCGGGCACAGUGACUCUUCUCCGGCUCCGUGUCCAGCAGUUUGUCGCUGCGACGGGGACGGAGGAGCGGACUGCUCGGGCCGGGGGCUGCGGACAGUGCCAUCAGGACUUAGUGCUUUUACCUACUACCUGGACAUCAGUAUGAACAACAUCACAGAGCUACCAGCGCAGGCUUUCAAAAACCUACCCUACUUGGAGGAGCUGCGUUUGGCUGGAAAUGAUCUCUCCUUUAUCCACCCUGAUGCCUUGUCUGGACUGUAUCAGCUCAAAGUCCUCAUGUUGCAGAAUAAUCAGCUAAAGACUGUUCCAAGUGAAGCUCUCAAAGGCCGGAUCUCUCUGCAAUCUCUGAGACUAGAUGCAAACCACAUCACUAGUGUUCCAGAAGAGAGCUUUGAAGGUCUUGUUCAGCUACGCCACCUCUGGCUCGAUGACAAUAGUUUGACAGAGGUUCCUGUCAAGCCCUUGAGUAACCUGCCAUCUCUUCAAGCACUGACCCUUGCACUAAACAGGAUAGCAUACAUCCCUGAUCUGGCCUUCAGCAAUCUGUCCAGCCUGGUGGUUUUGCAUCUUCACAACAAUAAGAUUAAGCAGAUUGGUGUGCACAGCUUUGAUGGAUUACAUAACCUGGAAACGCUGGAUCUUAACUACAAUACCCUGACAGAUUUCCCUGAAGCCAUACGAUCUUUACCGAAUCUAAAGGAACUAGGGUUCCACAGUAACAGCAUAUCUAUGAUUCCUGAUGCUGCAUUUGUGCAAAACCCCUUUCUGAGGACUAUACACCUGUAUGAUAACCCCCUUUCUUUUGUGGGCACAUCUGCCUUCCAGAAUUUAUCCGACCUGCAUUCACUGAUCCUUCGAGGGGCUGGUAUGGUACAGUGGUUUCCUGACCUUAGUGGGACUGUCAACCUGGAAAGCCUGACACUGACAGGCACUAAGAUAAGACACCUGCCUGUUACACUGUGUGACGAUCAUAAGCAGCUCCGGACUUUGGACCUGUCGUACAAUGAGAUCGAAGAGCUGCCGAGUCUUCAGGGUUGUAUGAGCCUGGAGGAAAUAGCCUUGCAGCACAAUCAAAUCCGAGAAAUUGAAGCUGAAACGUUUCGGGGUUUGGCAUCCCUACGUCUUCUAGAUCUCAGCAGGAAUAAGAUCCGCUCUAUUCACAAGGAUGCGUUCUUGUCUUUGAGAACUUUACUGAACUUAGAAAUGAGCUUUAAUGAGCUGGAGACGGUGCCAACAGCAGGCCUAAACAACCUCAACCAACUCAAACUAGCUGGAAAUCUACAAUGCAAAGACUUGUUGGAUGCAAAUCACCUUCUUAAACUCAGGAUUUUAUCAGUGCCUUAUGCCUACCAGUGCUGUGCAUUUGGUGGAUGUGACACAUUCUCCUCCCCAAAUCCAGAAGACAUGGGCAAUGAGUCUGGUCCAUCUGAUGAUGAGGAUGUGUCUGACCUUAACAAAGUAGGGAGCGUGCAGUUGUCAGUUCAUUGUUCCCCUGCUCCAGGGGCUUUUAAACCAUGUGAGCACCUGCUUGGCAGCUGGAUGAUCCGCUUGACUGUCUGGUUCAUUUGCCUGGUAGCAAUUAUGUUCAACACUGUCGUCCUUAUCACAACAUUUGCCUCCUGUUGUCCUGUGUCUUCAUCCAAACUUUUUGUUGGAUUAAUAGCUGCCUCCAACCUGCUCAUGGGGAUUUAUACAAGCACUCUUACUGCACUGGAUGCUGCUUCCUGGGGCCACUUUGCAGACUUUGGCAUCUGGUGGGAGACGGGCAAUGGUUGCCGAGCCACAGGUUUCCUAGCCAUUUUUUCUUCUGAGGCCUCAAUCCUCUUCCUUACUCUGGCAGCCAUUGAGCGUAGUGUAUCGAUGAAGGACUUCUUGAAGAAGGGAAAGAGUCGCCGUCGAGGGCAGUUCAUGGUGGCUGCUACGUUAGUUGGUAUCUUUGCCAUGGUUGCUGCUUGCCUGCCUCUCUUCCAUGUGGGCGAGUUUUCCUCCUCCCCACUCUGCCUACCCUUUCCCACAGGUGAGGCUUCCUCACUUAGCUUCACAGUUACUCUGGUCCUCCUCAAUUCUGUGGCGUACCUCCUAAUGGCAAUUGUCUACACUAGACUGUAUUGCAGCCUUGAGAAGUCUGACCUGUCAGAGACGCUGCAUUCCAGCAUGAUCAAGCAUGUGGCCUGGCUCAUUUUCACCAACUGCAUCUUCUUCUGCCCUGUAGCUUUUUUCUCCUUUGCCCCUUUGAUCACGGCAAUUUCCAUAAGCCCGGAAAUCAUGAAAUCAGUCACACUCAUCUUCUUUCCCAUGCCAGCUUGUCUCAAUCCAGUGCUUUAUAUCUUUUUCAACCCCCAGUUCAAGGAGGACUGGCGUAAACUCAAGCUCCGCACUGGGGGAAGGGAUGCAAAAUCAGUGGCGGUGGCUGUACCUGGCAGCCAGGGCGGCAGCACAGCGCAGGAUUUCUACUAUGACUGUGGCGUAUAUGCUAAUCUACAGGGAAGCCUAGCAAUUUGUGAAUGCUGCGAGUCUUUCUUACUGACCAAACCAGUGCCCUGUAAACAUUUAAUUAAGUCCCACAGCUGUCCUGCUCUGGCAGUUGUUCCUUGUCAACGUGCUGAUGGAUAUUGGUCAGAUAGUGCCACCCAGUCGGCCCAUUCAGAAUAUGCAGAUGAGGGGGACUCAUUCAUCUCGGACAGCUCUGAUCAAGUGCAGGCCUGUGGCCGAGCAUGCUUCUACCAGAGUCGAGACUCUCCUCUUGUCCACUACUCCUACAAUAUUCCACGUGUCAAAGACUAAAGGAGACUGAGGGCCAGCCAAAUGGCCUAAUCUUUGGUUUUGAUUGCAAUGGAUUGAUGGUGAAUCUGAAAACCAUUAACACUAUGAAACGCAUAUAGGGUACCUAUGUGCACACUUUAAGAAAGCACUUUUGGAAUUGCUGCGCGACUUUACCUAAAAGGGAAUUAGGUAGUACGUCCGCUAUUAUCUUUUGAGCCAUCGACCUGUGCACAGCGUUUGUGUGUGCUGGAGGGAGGAGGAGGUAUGGGUGGGCAUUGCCUACGUGAGCUGCUGCUGUUGUGCUAUUCCAGUUCCCAUGGCUAUCCUCGCCGUGGUUUAGUAAAGGGACAGGCUGCAUCUCAGCUCCUCAUCCUUUGCAGUAUCAAAAUACUGUACACUUUCAUAUUAGCAACUGGGUAUCUACCUCUGCAGCUGUGAUUUGUUGUAAUAAUUUAAAAUCUUCACUCUUUUUGUAAAUCUGUGCAAAUUUGUUUGUGUUGUGCUUCAUCCUGAGGUAUUUGUGUGUUACUUUUCCCCUUAAUUUUUAAGUUUCCUGUAAAAUGAGAGGGGUUCAUCUUCCAUUUUACAAAGCAUGUAGAAGCAGUUGAGACAAGGAGAUACUUGGGGGAGAAGGAUAUAAAUAAAAAUCACCUUGCCAGUAAUUCUUCUCUCUGCUCUCCUUGUCGAAAAAGAUCUCAGUCAGUAAUGGAGAGGCAGUGAAGACACCUCAAGGCAUUGGGAUGAGCAUGCAAUGGAGUGCUGCACUCCGAGUAGCACCUCACCAUAUGCGUUAGAUGUAGAGCUUUAUUGUCUGGCCCACACAAUAUGGAGUUGCCUUUGCUUCAGCUCUGAAUGUGAAGCCUGUUUCUGGUGUGCAUGAUUGGAAGAGUAAGUGACUGCACUUUUAAUCCGAUGCACACAGAUUUCAUAAAGCAGGCUAAUAUAAACUCUCAGUGAGUAACAUGUCUUCAAAGCUAUACGCUUUUAAAGUAAAUUCUGUGAAGUUUUGCAUUUUCUUGUGUUUUAGUCCCAGCCACUGGACAAGCCUGGGAUCAUUGGGUUGUCUUUUGCAUCACAGCCCCUACCCAUUGGACAUGUUUGGGUUCAACAUGCCAAAUCUUGGAUCACUGCUCUACUACCAGUUUAGUUGAGGGUCCUUAGGUUGACUGUCCCUGAACAGCUUCUGACUGUUUUUGGGAAUCACGGGACAACUUGUACUGAACGGCCACCUCCUGCCCCAAAAGACAUGUCUGGGGCCAUUGGGUUAACUCUUGGGUGGCACAGUCUUCAGACAAUAAGUGUGACAAUUGUUGGAAUGCAAUAGCCCUACAUGCCUUUUCAUGUAUUUUCUUGUAUGUAUUGAUGCGCAUAUAUGUUGCCUCAAAGGUUUUUUUUUUUUACAAUUUUUUUGUUUGUUUUUCUUAAACAUCAAGACAAAUGUGUGCUGUACUGAUAACAGCAUUUAUUUUCAUCAAAGCAGAACUACCUCAAGUUGAACUAGCCAAAUUUUUAAAAGUGGGAGAUUCUUCUAGCUAGCCAGUCAGUGUAAAAUAGCGCUCAUUUCAUUAUGUCAGUGUAAACCCAUAAUUCCUUAACUGAAAUAGCAGGAGCUCCUCAAGCCUUUUUCAAAUCCACCCCUGAGUCAGACCAGUGGGCUAGCAUCAACUUUUUCAGGUCUGAAUUUGUCUUCAGUGAUCAGAGUCUUCUACUUUUAUUAGAAGAUGAACCUUUCUUGCUAUAAUGUGUCGCACAACCUGGUUGUUUCUGUUUUCUUACAAUUUAACUAUGGUUUAUCUUGCUACUUGGCCCUCAAAAAAUGAAUUUACAGUGUAUUAUGCUAAUGCAGGAUCCAGUAUUUUUAACAAGAAAGGAAUAGAACCCUUAAGACACCUUGCUUUUCAAAGAACAUUGUAUUUAGGUACAUUUACUUUUCAUUUUGGCUUGUAUUUGAUUGUGAAACUGAACCAUCUACAAUUGUCAAUAGCUUAAUGUGCACAUGGUUUAAACAUUGCUGAUGCCCCCCCAGCACUGUGGAUAUGUUUUGAAGAAUCCUGACCAAUAUUUCUCAUCACCUCAGUGCCUUAAUUGUCCAGCUCAGGAAGCGUAGUGUGUGUGCGACGACCUCCUGGACUGGUCUUCAUUAACUGCCCUUUGUGCAUUGGCCAUGCAGAACAUUCCACUGGUUACAGUUUAUACUUAAGACAUCCUUUUUUUGCCUUGAGAUAUCAAGUAAUUUUAAUAUAUAAUAUCAGACAUGAUACAUUGUCAAAGACAAAUAUUAUAUUUUUUUAAAUAACAGCCUUAGUUGAACACAGCCUUGUGAUUUGGGUGAUCAGUGGAUAUGACACCUGGCCAAACUGAGGUGUCACUUGAGGCAGUACAGCGUGGCGUAGAUUGCUGGGUAAAGAAAACGUGAUAGCCCCAGAUGGAGUCAGGGUGAGGUACUCUGGUGUUAUAAAGGGACAUUUUUUAACAGCUUUGCUGCUAGGACCCUUUGCUAAAGCUCCGUUGCCAAUAGACAAUUUGAUUUUGAGACCUUACACCCUGGGACAUUAAUGCUGUUUUUUUUUUUUUGAUUUUUUUUUUACACCUUGUAUUUUCCUUUAUGUUACCAACAAGUUGGAUGCCUCUGCCUUACAAAAAUGCUUCUUGGCACCACAAUACUUGAUGGGCAUACAAGAUGAGAAUUAUGAGACUUUAAGCCACUAUUUCUGUUUCUGAUCAGGGUCUUACAAAGGGGUUACUUUUAAUGUAAUGCUCUGUUAUGUAACAAAAGCCUGCUUUUAUUGCUCUUUCACUUCUUAAAGAACUAAAAUGCUGACUUGGUUUGGUCCAGCAGGAAUUAUAUGCAGUUUGGCAAGUCACUUCACCUAUAAGAAUAUGUAUUUUUGGUUUUAAAUUGUAUUGGAGAAUUUCAGUUCGCACGUACCACUAAAGGUGGUAUAUUAACUACAAAAUAUUUAACGUACAGUUGAUUCUGUAACCCUGUAGUAUCAUUUUACCAGCGACAUUGAAAGAAGGUGUAGUGUGGCAGUGAUAACAAAUCUAGACCCUUUGAUAAAAUGUAUUGAUCUUUUUUCCCUAAGAAAAAGAAAAUGUGAUAACAGGUUGAUGAAGUCCACCUGGAGGGUAUCACACUUUUCUCAAUAUAUUGAUCACUCUAGUCAAUGGCACAUCUAUAGGCUGUUAUCCAGAUUUACGUAUUAAUAACAAAACCAACAUAUGCGCUCACUUGAUUGUCAUAGAUAUGAUACAAAUGUCCAUUAAGUACAGAAGCCAUGAAAUGGCCAUGUCAGGGUCUUCUCAUCUGCAAUUUGAUUUCUGCAAUCGCUCAAUUGUUUAAGAAUGUCAAAUAUUUUUAUUUUUUUCUUCUCUUCAAAAAACAAAGGCACAGCGCCACAGACUGCAAAUACAUUUCCCUGCAACAAAAGUAAAAUGGAAGGUGGACUGGAAAUGAUUGAAAACAUUGAAAAUAGUCAGAAUGAAAACUUGCAAACCUUUUGUUUUUUGAAAAAAAGGAAACAUUUGAGGUCUAUCAGGGUAAAAGUGAAAAUUGAAAGUUCCUGUGAACUGAUUUUGUUCAAAAGCGGUUAGUUCUGGUGUGUGACGGUUGUGUCAGAUUUGAUUUCAGUCGGUUUGAUCUGUUCAUAUAUUAUGAAAGUGACAGACAUCAGAACAGAUGUGGGCAAAUUAGGUGUAGGGAUGCCUACAACAGGUUAAUCGGUCAAACUUAACAUUGAAAUGUCAACUCCAUUACAAUGUUUUGUCCCGUAUGUAUGUGGAGUGACGUUUUUUGCAACAGGCACAAUAGCCCUAGUAGGACAAAAAAGUUCAUAAAAGCUGCAGUGCAGCUCUUUGAAUGCAAGAAUAUAAAGGUGAUACCAGAAUCUUUGGGCAGAAUUCCCCAACAUUGAUCACCGCAAAAAAUUAUUUUGUGUGUCAGGCCUACUAAAUAGAUUUGUAGGGGAUUUAAAAAAAAAAAAGUCAUGUCACGAACUUCCUGAGUUUGGACUCCUGUGCUCCAGCAGCCACGUUGAUCCUAGAGCAUAUUAUUAGAAGUCUCUACGCGGACAACCCAAGAUUCGAAUGGUUUAUAUUUGCAUGUAUCAAGCUAUACCAGGUGGAUUUUUUUUUCUUUAAACCACCUGUUCAGUUAAGUGCCACUUGACAGUUUCAGCUACAUUUCUGAGAAACAGACUAGCUGCCAUCCUCUCCAGACAUUCCUUCAGAACAGUGGAGCCAUGCAACCGUAUCAGUUUAAUGUCUGAACUGUACAUAAGUGUCCAUAAAAUUCCUAAUUUUUUGUGUAAAUGUGUGCACACGAGUGCAUUUAUGUGUGAAAGUUGUAAAUUAUUGGAUAGUAAAACAAGCGCAAGAAACCCGCCGCGUGGGAGACUGCGUAUUUCGAUGGAAGCUACCUCCUCAACUGUAGUGGCUACCAGAAUCAGGAUGUGAUCAGUUCUACCUUUCUCUCCCGGUUUGUUGUUGAUUUGUAAAUAGAUCUGGCUGUAUAUUACUGGGAUGGGGGGAAUGGGGUGGACAUGGGAGAGAAAUGUCGACUUCUUUUCUAAUACAAGCUGUAGUUUAUACUGAAUGUGUGAGGGAUGUAUGUAAUGUAUACUGUAAUUCUGUAAACCAAACCAUUCAUAUAAAGAAAAUGCUUUAAUAUGUA